AUCCUUUUAUUAAUCUGUGGUCCAGGGUCUAGAGUAAGGAGACAGGUGAAGAUGCAGCUGGUCUGAAUUUUACUUCUUUGGGUUUUUCUUUUACAGGCCUUGGUACUGCACUGCAAGCUGCUCUUUCUGAAGAGAUGCUGUGGUAUAAGAAAGUGUGUGUGCUUUAAUUUUAAUACAGACAUUUAUGAGACUUUAAUUCCCCAUCUUAGAGGGAAGGGAGUGGGAAAGAAAAACAAACAGAAAGGCAAAAGCAAUCUGCUUUGCUGAGGAUUUACUGCAAACUGAUCUAUCUCCUGUCAUUUGCUGCAGCUGAUCUGUAGGAGUGGAUUUUGUCUCCUUUCCCCUGACUGUCUACACAAGCGUGGAUACUAUCCAUAUUCCCUGGCCUUGUACAGAGUCAUCCUUUGAUUUGUCCCUGUGCUAGCUGAGUCAUCAUGUCUGACCUGCCGCCUGAAAGUGACAACUCGGCCCCCACUAAGGAAAAAAGCCCUCAGGUUACUGAAGAGACUCUCUACCUCUGUAACUUAAGUGUUGCUGUUGACAAGGAGUGGCUGUGUCUUCGUGAAGUCAAUGAUAUUCCUGUAACACCUGAUCCAGAAUCCAGCCAUGAAGAUUCUAAAGAUCCAGUUGCAAUGGAGAGGGUAAGCCUAAUGAAUACAGCAAAGCUGAGCAUAAAAGGUCUCAUAGAGUCUGCACUUAACUAUGGGAGGCCCCUUGACUCUGACUAUGUACCACUGCAGCAGUUCUUUGUAAUCAUGGAGCACUGCCUCAUACAUGGCUUGAAAGCUAAGAAAACAUUCCUGGGCCAGAAUAAAUCAUUCUGGGGACCCUUAGAGUUGGUGGAGAAGCUUGUCCCUGAAGCUGCAGAAAUAACAGCAAGUGCCAAGGAUUUACCUGGCCUCAAGACUCCAGUUGGAAGAGGAAGAGCUUGGCUUCGUCUUGCCUUGAUGCAGAAGAAACUUUCAGAUUACAUAAAAGCUCUAAUCAAAAGAAAGGACCUUCUCAGCGAAUUUUAUGAUUCUAAUGCUCUUAUGAUGGAAGAAGAAGGUGCAGUGAUUGCUAGCUUGUUACUAGGGCUGAAUGUCAUUGACGCCAACCUCUGUAUGAAAGGAGAAGACCUUGAUAAUCAGGUUGGUGUCAUAGACUUCUCCCUGUGGCUUAAAGAAGAGACCUGCACCAGUAAAAGCAGUGUUGGGGAUGGUAAAAUAGCGGCAAUACUUGAUCAGAAGAACUAUGUGGAAGAAUUAAAUCGACACCUAAGUUCGACUGUAAUGAAUCUACAGAUGAAGGUGAACUCUUUAGAGGCAUCAAAUACCAAACUUACGGAAGAGCUUGCAGUUGCGAAUAACAGGAUCAUAACACUGCAGGAAGAGAUUGAGCAUUUUAAGGAAGAAAGUUCAUAUGCACUGGAAUUAAAUCGUAAGGUAUUGAAGCAUGGUGCUACUGCAAAUGGGCAUACAGUCUCUGAGGCACGAAAACAGCUGAAAGAAGAGACGCAGCUACGCUUGGAUGUGGAACGUGAGCUGGAGAUGCAGAUAGGAAUGAGGCAGGAGAUGGAGCUGGCGAUGAAGAUGAUGGAGAAAGAUGUGUGUGAGAAACAGGAUGCGCUGGUAGCACUUCGUCAACAACUUGAUGAUUUCAAGCUCCUCCAUCAUGAGCUAUCCCAUAAGUCACGAACUUCAGUAUCUAGACUGAAGGAAAAGAGUGAAUUAAUAAUGCAGUUGGAGGAGAAGACCAACCAAAUGGCUGCUGUUAUUAAACAACUUGAACAAAGCACUGAAAAAGAUUUGGUGAAACAGGCUAGACAUAUUUCUAUCACAGCAGGAAAACUAAUGCAGAAACCACGUUAGGAUACUGCAUCCACCAGCAACUUCAUACACUGACAUGAAUUAUUUAUACAAAAGAAAUGAAAUCUUCAUGUUAAAUUAUGUUUUUGAUAUUAAAAUUAAUGAUUUUUUUACUUCUAGAAUAAUCACUACACAGUAAACUAUAUUAUAUAUUUCUUUUUCCAGUGGUUCCUAUUACUAUCACUUUUAGGAUGGUCCAAUACAUAAGCACAAACAGCACCAGCAUGUAUGAAGUUUCUACAUGCCUUCACUGUUGGCAAUGAGGUGUUAUUUUUAUACAGUGUAAUAAUGCAUGUGAUAGUGACCGUACCUAGUACACACAUAUAUACAUAUAUACAAGUGUAUGUGUGGCACAUGCACAUAUAUAUAUAUUUAUGUAUCUAUAUUUAUUUUUCUGUCUCACUAAUACAUUAUAAUAAAUUGUUUUCAAGAGAUAAAUCUGUUCAGAAAAAGGCAUUAUGUAUUUGAAACCCCUUUAUGUUGAUGACAUAUGAAAUGACCAGAUGUCCCAUUUACCCAUUUCUUUGUGUUGAUAAGGACUGGAAAACUGCCCUGUUCUAUACUUCAUGAAACUGGAGGGCAUCUGAAGGAAAUGAAAAGAAUGUUCAAACCAGCAGUUGUUGUGGCAGGUAUCUAAGAUGUGAGAGUGGGAAGGUUUGCUUUGAAACAUAACAUACUUCAUAAACCAGUACUCUGGCUGCAGUCACAAUUUGCUUUCAGUUCAUAGAUGACUGCCUUUCAGAACAUCAGUGUUUAUGCCAAAAGCUUAGGGAAUGUAUUUGUUUAUUUUGGCCCUAAUGCCAAGAGCAUAGUUUGGUGCACAUUAAAAAUGUGCAGUUUCCUCAUUUAAAUAUACAGUAGAAGCAUAAGAAGUCAUGUAGAUACAUAAAAAAUUAUGACUUUCUCUUUAAUAAUGGCUUGGACUGGGUGAGUGUGAUGAGACAAUUUCCUUUAAGAGUAUGAUGUAUAUAAUUAAUGUCUGUACACUAAAUAGAUGAGGGGACAUUUCAAAAACCAGUGUAUGCCAGCUCACAGGCAUAUAUGCAAUGUUGCUAAUGCAAACAACAAUGGAUGUGGAUAUAUUUGUUCAAAAUAUCAUUUCAAGUUGCCAUUGGACAAUCAAUGACUACUACAGAAGGUGAUAAUGCAAACAGCUUUAAAAAUAUAAACUGAGUUUGCUUUAAAAUGUAAGCACAGAAAUAGAAUGUGCAAUUACUUUGUAAAGGCAGUCAACUGAUUCUUAUAUAUGUGUGUGAAGUUUUCUUCUUAAUUAAAAUUAUACUAAACUCCAAUAAGUAUUUUUAUUUAGGACAGUGCUUGCAUAGACUAUGCUCCAUGAUAUUCAUUUUGGAGGUAUAAAUAUAUUAACAUAUGUAGCAUUAUUGUUACUGUAUGUAGAAACAUUUUGUUUGUAGCAUCUUGUCUGUUUGUAGUAUCUUUGCUGAAAUGCUCCCUGGCUGAACUUGUUAACUGCAGUGACCCCUAACCAAACCUCCCACCGUGAGAUAAUUAAUUGGGGAAUGUACUUUGUAGAUGGCUUUUAGUACUACUUCACAUUGUUUUUGGUCUGUACUUAAUAUUACUUCGUACUGACACUGCAAAGUUAUCUGAAGGAAAUCACGAAUGCCUGCUCUGAUUAAGUAUCCGAACAGAUUAUGUUCAUAUCUGUAUGAACUCAUGAAACAAAGUAAAUUUCCUGAAAAUAUACUAACAGCGAAACUGAAUAUCGCAGUGACAAUUGGGAAGAAAGCUAAUGGAGAAUAUGGAAAGCUGGUUUCUGUGCUUCAGUGUACUUGCACACUUUCCUGUUCUUAUCAGCAGCGUCUUAAUUUUGUAUAUUAUACAAUCAUUUUGUAUAAUAUUGUAACUAGUCACAUUUUCUUCUGCUAACUGUUUAAAACCUUGUUUGUAACAACUC